CUCUGUCUCUCUAGCACAACUCUCUGUCUCUCUCUUUGCUCUGUUUCUCAUAGCGCAGCUGUCUCUCUCUAGCUUCGUUAUGUCCCUUUCUCCCCUAUUCGAUCUCUUGCUCUCUGUUUGGAAUCGCGAACCCCUCCCUUUAGCUAUGUCUUCUGAAUAGCUGCUUGCAACCUUAAAGCUCUACUGGAUUGCCGACCUCGAAAAGAAAUGGAGACAAUUGUUAUUCUCGUGUGCUACAAUGAAAAAUGGGUCACCUCGAAGAAGAUGUGCAAAUACGAAGGGGGUGACUCAAAAGGCUUAAUAGUUCCACGGACCAUCAAUUUUGCUGAACUGUUGGACCGUGUGCAUCAGAUUGGUAAUACAAACAGCAGGGAAGACAAGGUUUGCUUAAAAUUCUCAAUUUUGGUGGCCUCGAAUGAGUGGAAGCACAUAAAGAUUGAGGACGAUGAUGAUGUCAAUUUUUUUAUGAAGUACAAUUCCGAGGUAACACCUUCAAAACUAGCUCCCUUACUCGUGAGUAUAGAAGAUAAAGGACUGACAAAUGAUGUAGUUCAUAGUAUGCAUAUCACGACAGAUAGUAGUCGGAUGGGUCAUUCUUCAGUUGCCAUUGUUGAAAGCAAUGAAGUAACUUGGAAUAAUACAAAUGUCACUGAUUUGGGAGGUGAAGUAGGGACAGAUUUUAUGGAUAUGAUUGAUUUUAGCGAGGUGGAGGAGAUGCAUGGUGGUGAUAAUGGUACUGAAAGAAAUGAAGUGUCAGUGUACUCUGCCCCUCCUAAUUUGGGGUGCUUGAACACAGCUGCCCAGUUGCCAAAAAUACGUUUAGGAGGAGAAUCUGAACCCACUCGUCAACAUUAUUGA